UGGCGGAUACGAAACUGAACGCUCGCGAGCGCUCGCUCCAUUCGCUCGCGGAAUACCAACAUGGCAACGAGGUGAUAGUCGUGCGUGCGUGUCCCCCUCCCCGGAGUUCUGCAGGGGUUACACAAAACAAAGUAUCUCAAAAGAAUUCGCGUGGGAUCGUCGGACGAAACGAAAUGAGACAGGUUAGAGGUUUGGUUCCGCCAUUCAGACCGCUAUGGGAUCCUUGCAAGGCUUCGUCUGUACUUCUCCACCACUCGGAUUAGUGCUUCUGUGUACCUCGGCUUGGGUCAAUGCGCUCGUGAAAUCCAACGGCAGCGAACCGCAGCAGCAGUUCGUGCAGCAGCAGCCGUCGGCCACGUCGCUGUCGUCCGGUUCCCUGGUGGUCAGCGUUUCCCGCGUGAGCGACAACUAUGCCGAGAUCGCGUGGCGUCGCGAGCCGGCGUCCUCGUGGCAGUCCUCGACGUCCGACGACCCCACGUCGACGCUGUCCGGCUGCGACCUUGCCUACGGUCCCUUGGAAGACCCUUACCAGGUCGAGGUGAUGUCCAACUUCAUGCCGAGGGGUCCCACGUUCACGGUGGGCGGUCUUCGGCACAACGCCACGUACCACUUCCACAUGGUGUGCUACUGCUGCCUCGACGGCGGAGUCGGCGGGAACGGCACCACCCCCGAGUCCGCGGGCACGAAGCUGGCGUCCAACGUACUCAAGUUCACGACGGCGACUCGGAGCGGGAGUCCUGGAGGCGGCAGCGGUGCAUCCGGGCAGAGCAGCGGCGGUGGCGGCCAGUCUUCGUGGCAGCAGCAGGACCCGUACAAGGGCUCGUACCACUCGGUCUACAAGCAGACCAUCCUCCGCGACGAAGACAGCAGCCGGGCCGUACCUUCUUUCAACGUCCUGCUGGGCGCCCUGACGGGCAUUGUGGGCUUUCUCAUCAUCAACGUGACGGUGGUGAUCGCUGUGCGACGCUGCUCUCACAGACGCAUGCGAAGGAGACGCAUCCUGGUUCUCGAGGAACGGGACAACGAAGACUUUCCCUACCUCAGGGCCAUUGACUGAGUUCCGGAACUGACGUCACGGCUGGAGACGUGACGACGUUGGCCGUGUACUGCAGCGAACCGAGCAAGCAUCUAUAUUCGACUGCUUCCGGAUAACCCCUCCCCCUAUUUAUGAGUGUGGAUGGCGCAGCUUACACUCGAUGUCCUUCGCACAUUUUGGAUGUGUUCAGUCUUGCCAAGGCAACCUGUCUGUCGCUAGAAAAGAACAAACUGACAUGGGAUUUGUUGUAUUAUCGAAGUCUCUAGAAUUGAGGCUUUUCACGUAUACACAAACAAAAAAGAAUAGAGUGUUUGUUGUAUAGCCACAGUUUUUCUUUUGUUUUAAUUAAGGUCCAUGUCUGAGAGAAGAAAAAAAAAUGUUACUAAUGCUGUUUACCUUUACUUCUGCCGAAGAUAAGUGCUCGCGGGACUUUUUGUCCCGCGAAGACACUCGCGGGACAAAAAGCUAUAGAAGUCCGCUCCUAACUCGGAUUUCUCGAAAUGUGUUUCAGCUUCCCUUUAACACUACGAGUGUUUGCUAACAUGUGCCAACGUUAUUUCAACAACAUUAUACGUGACUUAAAGGGUUUGGCGCGUGGACGUAGUCACGUCAUUUCGGCGACGUUGACCGAAUUCCUGACUAACGCCGCACCAUGCGGCUUCUAGCUUAUAUAUGCCGGAGUACUUUUCGGCACUCCUGGUGUUGUUCUAACGGAGCAUUCUCCACGUAGACGGCGCAAAAACCGUCCGAUUAGACGGCAGUGCGUUAGGAUUUCUGGGAGAUUAUUGACGAGUCGGAAUGCUCGACGGUUGAGUUGGCGCCCUUGAAGUCGGCAAGCCCCAGAGUGCGACUUGUGUUGCCUAGAUAGUCGUCGUGUUCCCGGCAUGGGCCGUCGAUCAAUCGGGAGGUCAGAGAACUGAAUUCGUAUAGACAGAGAACUUGUUAACGCAAUCUAACUUGACAUCUUUCUAUUCAGGCAACGCUCGACCCGACGUCGCGCCGCUGCGGGGUGCCGCUGCAGUUGGCGCAGCGCGUCGCGAACGUGUGAACAAAGCGGACUUGUUUGUAAACAACGCGUUUAUAUGUCACGUAAAGGGAAAUCUGUUAAGUUUUUGUAGGGCUUAGCACGUCGCAGUUCCGAACUUCUGCGUGUACCGAGCUUAAAAAAGUGUUCGCUGCCUCUGGGUCCCCGUAGCGUUAAACGUGUGUUUUCUAUCCACCGUUACACGUUCACGGCUGCCCGCGUAUUCGAGUGGAUGUGACCAUAUACUUUAUCGUAAAGUAGUUCGAGCCAUGGCGGCGGUUUGCCCAACAUAUUAUGGAAAUUGUUUGUAUACGUCUCGAAAGCCGAGCGCAUAAUCGCCCUUCGUAUCACAGCAAACGCUUUGUCGCUCUUGACCGAUUAAUGAAUCUUACGCUAUGCAAAAUGAGCCAUUGUAUGUCUAUAGUUUUAAUGUCUGCCGAAUAUCCUAUAUAUGGUCACUCAGAACUUUAGACACGCAGUGCUUGGCGUUUUAAGUUCACGUGAUCCUUUCUUUGUCACUCUUGUCAGCUAAGUUCGAAACCUCAUUGGUUGCGGAGUGAUAAGGUGAUCGGGACUGGUCGCGCCAUGCAUUUUUUCAGCUGACGGUGACCUAUAGUCACUCUAGGGUUAGGCAACUCCUACUUACCGCGUGUGUAUAUGACUCUUCAAUAGAUGUGCAAAAAAAAAAAAAAGAGUGUGUUGCACGUAGUUUUUCGUCGAAGGUCUUGCAGCCCAACAACCGCGUGUGUACGUUACCAGCAUUACAAGGGACCAAUACCUUCCGAUAGCUAUCGCGUGCUUGUGAUGUUUCGUCCACGUACUUUGUGACGUCGUUCCGCGCAUGCGGAGGCAUUCCUCGCACGUAGCUGCAGGUGUUUUUUUUUUUAGUUGGCGGGGGCACUCUUGCACACGACGGUGUGUCAGGGCAGACGUGCACCGAUUGUGAUGGACGAGGUAUAUGCACCUUUACUCUGCAAGGACACCCGCUUGAAACGAACUCGCUGUGGGCGAGGAAGUCGAACUAUAGAAGGCGCUUUCGACCAGUUUAGUUGCCACACGGCUCGGUGUUUACCCAGCACAUUCGUGUAUAGACUCAGUUAUGUACGACACCUUUCUCGAUAGAACGACGAAGGGCGUAGAUUGAACACGAGUGCUGCGCGUGGGGAUUUGGCUGGGACAUGGUGUUUGAUCGGUGCUUCACUGAUUGAACAAGGGCCGAACGCUGAAGGAGCGUUCGUCUACGUCAGUCGAACGCUGCGUCUGAAAUGUGAACAGAAAAAAUAAAAGCAUGUUGUUGUUGUCUUCACGAGUUUAGCUCUCAGCUUAGCCGCCAGGGGCGCGACGGUCGCAUCUACUCCUAAUACUCCGCUCCAUCGCGAUUGCGUGUGGAGAAUGUGUAAAGUUUGCGUUGAAAUCUUCGUGAAACAAACAAACAAGCAACCAGCAUUACUCUUUUUUUCUACGGGCACGCCGAAGUCCGUAUAAAUAUUUUUUACGUCUAGCCUUCGACUUUGAAAGUUGAAGCUAUCAGAGGGUCCAGUUGGCACGAAUGGAAAAGGUCUUCGCAAUAAGCCAUUUUAGAAACCAUUUAUCACUCCCGGAUUACAACGAAACUUGAAUCUAAUAUCUUCUUCUUACCAUCGAGUCAGUCUGGUUAAGUCAGUUUCAUAAGGUUCUCUAAGGUUUGAAUCAGUGUCGUAGGCGAGCUAUGUGCUUCGUUUCACCAUAAAUCAAAACGCAUUGAAAGUAUAGAAGCUACAAACAGCCAAUGGGAGCCUCUCCAUCAAAUCGCUGGUACAUACGACAGGCUGCGCUCCAUUGGGACAGGGGAAUUAGGUGCCGUUUGGCGCGCGGCUUCAAAAGCUGAUAACGCCGGUUCACUCCAUGGGAGUUAAUGAUUUCGCAUUCUAACGGGAACACACGUAUUAAAAGCACAAGGUUAUGUUGGCCCGUAGCGUUGACGAUGCAAAAUCGAUGUCUUUCGUCCAUGUUCUUUAGUGUUGUCAAAUCAGAGCAAAGGCGCGUAUGUGCAUUCAGCACCACUGGCGCAACAGGCGGCUUCAUCUCUAUGUGCGGGCGACUCGUCCUGAUGGCUGACAUUGAGCACGAGUGUCUGUUGCAUGAUGCAAACGAAGCUCCGUUUAAAAUGGAGCUCCGCAGACGGGCGUAUGCGUAGCUGUAUGUUGUGCAGGUAGCAAACACGGCUGUCUCGCACAUUUAACAGAAAACAAAACACGAGCCUACUUCUUGCUUUCUGAGCUUUCUUAUACUUUUCUGUCUUCUGUCUGACACCUCUCUUGUACCGUCGCAAAGUAUCGUAUGCCACUAGACAGCGAAAUUCUAACAACCUCGAGGUUGCAUUGUAUUUCUUUAAGAUUUUCUUUUUAAAAAAAACCUUCGUUAGAUUAUUUUGAGUCAUCCAAAGGGUCGAAUGUGUCCUGCGUAUUUUACCGUUCAAUGUUUAUCUUUGUUUGUCUUGGAAACGUAGAAUAUGUCGUCGUGGUUAUUUAUUCGCGACUACUCUUUCAGGACGAUUCCUUUUGAACGAAUCAAUGCGGUUGACGUGCUCUUAUUUAGUUCUCAUUGUUGUCUACCUUUGUAACUGUGUUUGAUGUGUACGUUCGGUUGAAUUAGACAAGAGCUUUAGCUAGUAUUUGUAACACCUCACCUCGUACUCACCCUUUCACACCUUUAGCCUUUAGUUUUUGCACCUCGUUAUGCCUGAAUCGCACUCUUUUCUAUACUAUACACACGAAAUAACAUCAACUCACUCGUAUACUCUGAACAUCAUCCCGUAUAGUAAGGGCUUUCGGUUUUGGGACACUUAUUGUGUUCACAGGCCGCACCAUGUCCGAAAGGUUUAGCGGCAGACAGCGAAAAAAAAACUCAAAUAACGCGACCAAUGCAUAACAAACCACUAAUCUGAUCUGCUUAUGGAACGCAGUGAUACUCUAAAAGCAAUACGGGCCUGUACGGGGAGAAUUACAGCGGGAGAGGUGAGCUGAGAGAGAGUUCUGAUUGGACGCCGGGCCCUGCCCGAGCAGCGCUUUGAUUGGAUGGAGGGAAGCAGGGGGUAGAGGCGAAGGCAGGGAGCCUUUGCGUCUGCUCGCUAUCCAUCAAAUUAUAGCUCGUCGAUCAGACGUCAUAGCGCGCUCUCAUGUCCUCCUCUCCCUAAAUUUCUCUAGGCGAAUAUAUAUACAUAUAGAUUUAACGCCGCAGAUUUGGCGAUAUCUUUUGAUAGGUGCACUUUCCAAACCGAAAGCCCUAUGCGUAAUGAUACCUUUUUCUGUUUCGUUGCCUUAUACUCCUGUCAUCCCUUCUCCUACGCGUUAUGUGAGCUUCCUCUACCGGUGAUGUGUGCGUCAGGAGGCAAAACGACUUUCAUAGCUCUCACGAAACCGAUAUAUGCAAGGAAGAAUACAUCACCGGUGCGCCGCGCGUGUGAACUCGUUAUUCGUCCUGAGUCCUCAUCUCGUAACCUUAUAUCAACCAGCGAUUUUUGUUUUUACUCGAUCCGUGUCAUCUUUAGGCCGUAGACUUUGCGGUUUUAACCGAGAAAUAUCUGUGAACGUCUGCUUAUGUAAAAAAAUACAUGAUCAGUAAAAACCACAAAAAACACCGAUUUAUGGAAAUUUGUGCUCCAGCUGCGACUGUUUUUUUUUUGUUGGAACCCUUCCCUUUUACACCAUACCCCUUAGUACUUUUUUAUGAGAGUUUUUCAUGGAUAAUUAAUUACCUUUUGUAGCGUUCACCCAAGAUGGAUGACCAAAGUGCAGCGAAAUCCGAAAAAAAAAAAACCGAAAAACAUUUGUCGAUUUUUUCAUAAUUAUAAACACCGGAAAAUCUACGUGCAUAAUUAUUAUCUUGUAACCCUCUUUCGCAACGACCCUGAUGUCUAUAUACUUUUUUUUUAAAUCCGGGUUUAAUUUACUCCCCCCCCCCCCCCUCUUUCUUUUUUUCCUGGAGAGGUUCUAUGACGUCAUUCCUUUAUGACGUCACAUGCUCUAUUUCUUCAUUCUCUUUCCCGCAGUCCAGCUCUCCUUUCCUCAACCUUUCCUUUAUAACAGGGCCGUAGUGCAGGGUUUGCUAUGUCAGCUGUCGAAGCCAGCGCUGGUCACUGAUUGGACAGGAGUGACGCCUCAGCGUUCGGCUGGGUCUCGUGUUCUCGCUGAUUGGACACGACGUCCCAGCCGAACGCUGACGUCACCACUCGUGUCCAAUCUGUGCGCCGCGCUGGUGACGUAGCAGAUCCUACACUAUGGCCUUGCUAUCUAGGAGGUUUUGCUUUCCUUCGCAUCUGUUUAGGAAGCAUUUAGGCUCUCGACACCCUUACCGUGGCUCGCAAGGCGAACCGAAAGUCCGCCAACAGAGAGGAGUGACACAAGAGUUAUGACGGAUACACUUUGUGUCGUCACGGCUUUUGUCAGUCGACGUAAUUAAUACCAGGGGAGCUGUAUGCGUCUUUUCGGCUGGGUUCUGUAUUAACAUGUUUGUUUAUUUUAUUAUGUUGAGUCUGCAAAGUAUUGAGCAGAUUCUGUGACCUGACAAAAAGCAUCGCACAAUUUUUUUUAUUGGAUGUUUUUUUUUGGGCUUUACGUAGUUCUUCGACUGUUUACGAAAGCCCAUUCUUCUAAUGUUGUUUGUAUGCUUGCUAUGCCAUGAACGUUUGGGACCAUGUGAUUAUAUGUCGGUGUUCUGGUGCGCUUGAAUCCUGUAAUGACUUAGGUCUAUACUAUAGGAACAUUCUAUACGCUCAGCUUGUAGACACUACUGGGACUUGGCUACGAUGUUGCAGACGAUUGUGAGUGUGCCGCAAGCCUUACACGGAAUUCCCAACAGUGUUAUAAACUUUGGUUCUGUGUUUGUUGUUUGAACUGUACCCACUGCUGUCGUGCUGUGUACCCACCAACAAGUGGUGGGGAUACAUCUUCUCGUAGUUUAGCUGCAUUUCGACAACAGCUCACCAAGUCCUCUCGUAGACAUGACCAAAACAGCUCGUUGCAACGGUCAAGGGAUCUUCUGUGUAUUGUGGAACAACGGCCGAUUGAAAAACAUCGUCGACAUAUCACGCUUUUUAAAGCUUCGAUAUAGGGAACUUUGUAUAUACAGAAUGUUCGCUAGUGAUCGAUUUCUACCUUUGCCUUUGUCUCCACGUCGGCUUCUCUGUGGCCCAUGUCGUAUCCUAUAGCAUUGCGGUCUGUGUGCCUAGGAGUGUCAACAGCAUCUCAGAAGCUAUUACGAAAUUUCGGAGCAAUUUGUUUUCUUUGUUUGUAUGCUGUCCAUAACCGCUAUAGAUAAGGGUGCGGGAGCAGCGCUUCGAACUGAUAAUAGCGCAACGCGCUUCUUAUAGAUUCAAAGCUGCAAAGAGUGAUGGUAUAUGUUGUGGGCUGUCUCUUGCCUUGUGAAGGCUAUGAACGACGCAGCUCUGCUUGAUUCGAGACAGUGUCCGCGCACCUCUACCGGCUAGAAAAAAAAAGUAUUUUGUGGCAAUGUCAGCGGAUUUGUGGGCGUGUAGCCCAGUGUUUAGUACACGGGCCGGUCUUGAUUGUUUCGUGUAUAAAAACUGUAGAGCUUUGCGACGCACCGCGGCCUAUAGACGGCCGAUAUCGUUUGAUGUACUUUUAAAAAAGGGUCUAUUUCGGUCUGGGGCUUCGAGAACAACAACAAACAUUGCUUGCUGACAUGUAACGUAAACACUGCUAUUAGUUUUCUUUAUGCUGGAUUGUCAUCAACUGACCACGAACGAAAGAACAAGCGAGCGAACAAAAGGGGUGUCCGGGUGACUUCCACUUAGAAUAACAUGUUAUUUCGAUGUCCUCACGGGGAGGUCGAGCGCCGACUCAGAUUGUGCACGAGUACCGAGUUGAAGGAUAUUCGGUCAGUGCGUUGAAGGACAUUCGGCGUCGGCCUCGUGCCCGAAAUGCUGAGUUGGCGCCAUACUUGUGUUCUAGGUGGUGUUGUAUGGCGGUCGGCAAAACGCAGACCUUGUGUCGUUGGCGAACAAAAGGCGGUGUUUGUCGCUUUGGUGGGGACUGUGCCCUUAGUGACGGAAGGCAGCGUGUGUGCGUUCGGGUCUGACGAGACGCGCCGCCGACAAACAAAUAACGAGCAUCAAACUGUUUUCGUCGCUGUCAAUUAACGAGAAGGGUAAAACACUUUUUUUUUUCUGGUGUAACGCUGUUGUUUUCGAUCGAUUCACAAUAAAGGUUUCUCCGCUAUAA